AUGGACCGUCCUGCAACCCGACGGGGGACGGACGGUACCUCCCAAAUAUGCCCCAAUUCUGUCCAUUGUUACUCCGUACCUUUGACAGCUAUCUUAUUCGAAUGUAAUGCUGCAGGUCUGGCUGGCUUCUCCUUCCUUCAGUCCCCCAACAUGAUACCCCUCGAUUGGAAGUCCUUCCCAAACGACCGUUUCCAGCAGCUCUUCCUCUUUAAAAAGACUUACCGGGAAAAGGGAACGCACGAGCAAUAA